AUGCCAUGGCUCAUGAAAGCAGAGCCUGAUUCAAGAAUAGUUAAAGGAAAAGAUGUCAAAUUUUCAGUGGAUGAUUUCGAAGCCUUAGGGAUAUCUCAAUGGGAUGGUGUCAGAAAUCACGAAGCUAAGAACAUUAUGAAAGAUCGUAUGAAAGUUGGAGACGAUGUUUUGUUCUAUCAUAGUAAUUGUAAAAUUCCAGGUAUAUUCGCACUUGCGGAAAUUGUUCGUGAAGGGUAUCCAGAUUAUACCGCUUGGGAUCUUGAUCAUCCGUACUAUGAUCCAAAAACGGAUAAGGAGAAACCGACUUGGUACAUGGUCGACGUCAAAUUCCGCUCCCGUUUACUUCAUCCACCCACGUUGGCUCUGAUAAAACAUCUCGCGUCCUCGACAACUCUACCCUCAGAGGUGGAGUAUAUCGGGUCUGAAGGUUUCAAAGCUGUCAAGGAAAUGCAACUUGUCAACCGUGGUAGAUUAAGUGUGCAGCCGGUCACCGAUAAGGCUUAUGAGGUCAUAAAACUGUUAGGAGAGCGAGGAGGUUGGGAAGGUUUAGGCCAACGUAGCAAGGGUUCAAAGGGUAGGAAAGGACAGAGGGAAGACGUGGUUCAAGAAGAAGAUAGACCGGCAAAGAAGACGAAAGGAGGGAGAUCGACUAGGACAUUGCAAUCUAAAACCCCAGACCAGGUUCAUACGGAAACCAACAUCUCGGACCGUGCUCGACGCAAGCGAAAAUCAUGA